GUUUAUAAAAAUGGCUGGUCAACUGCUAGUAGGGCCUUAUAUGCUAACGAAUGUAAAUCACAUGGAAGUCGUAACGGUAUAGUGUUGGGUAUGUACCAAAAUGGCAAUUCUAUUGAAUUCUCUACGGAAGCAACAGCAUUUAACGAUAGAUCAGGUGGAAUUUUACAAAAUCUUGUCGCAAAUUCAAGUGUUAAGGUGGGUGAUGCAAUUUUAUUCAACAAUUUAGAUAAAGAAUACCCAAAUGUAGCGAUAGCAAACGUUGGUGCAAAAGGUGUGUCUAUGGAUAAAAAUGAACUUAUGGACAUAGGUAAAGAAAAUAUACGUCGAGCGAUUGGAAAAGCUGUUGUUCUACUUCAAAACGAAGGUAGCACAAAAAUUUUUACGGAUGGAAUGACAAGUCCCGAAUCAGUCGCCGAAGCUGCAACACUAGCUAGCUGGAAAUUUGAAGGAACGAAGUCAACAAAAAAUCAAAGUCCACCAGCAACUGUCGAACCAUUUAAUCAAGAUGACCGUAAUCUUUUUGAUCAAGGUGCAGUUUUCGGUGGGGCACAAAACUUAGCUAGAAUGUUCACAGAAAUUCCUGCAAAUAUAUUGACACCAAGUGUUUUUGCGGAUAACAUGACCAAAACGUUAUGUCCUUGUGGGAUAACAGUCGAUAUACAAGAUAAAGAUUGGAUAGAAGCGAAAAAACUAUAUGGUGUUCUAGAAGCUUCUAAAGGUUCAUGCGAACAACCUUUAUUCGCAGUUUUAGGAUAUUGUGGUGGUGACAAAACUCAGAAACCAUUAGCUUUUGUUGGUCAUGCUACCACGCACGAUACAGGUGGUAUUUGUUUGCGGAAAUGCUCUGAUCAAGUAAAUAAGAAGCAGCAUUUAGCUUCAGGUGCUGCUCUUGUAGGUAUGAUGAAAGGCAUAGCUCAACUCAGUCUUCCAAUCAAUGUUUAUGCUUACAUUCCUUUAUUUGAAAAUGCUACUAGUGGUACUGCUAUGCACGUGAGUGACGUGUUUACAGCUCUCAAUGGAGUCUCUAUUAAUGUAGAUGACACUAAAUAUGCUAGUCGAUUAGCUAUGGCAGAUACACUUGUUUAUGCAUCACUCACUAGACCACAAACGCUAAUCAAUGUUAAUACAUUAAGUGGAGCUACUCAUCGAGUAUUUGGAGAAUUUGCUACACCAUUAUUUACAACUAGCAAAACUCUAAGCCAAGAAUUUCAGAGAGCUGGUGCUACUACAGGUGAUCGUGUUUGGUUAUUACCAUCCUAUGAUCGCAAACGAAAAAUGGUUACAUCGGACCCAUUGGCCGAUAUGUCAGUUGUAGGUGAAGGUGGCAGCACUAUCGAUGAUAUUGCAAAGAACGCGGCUUUCGGUAAAGAGUUUGUGGCACUCGAUUCUGACAUAGAAUACGCACAUUUGGACAUCGGUGGAGUCACUAUAAAUACUGAUACCAUCACUUACCCAUAUCUUAGAGAAGAAUUUGCAACCGGCCGAUUAACUAGAACACUAAUUCAAAUGGUAUAUCAGAGAGUAUGUCCCCAUAACCCACCACCAACUAGUGAAUUUAAUAAACAACGUAAUUAA